UCAUUGGGUGGGUUGUGCUCUUGUUUGCUGUUUCAUGGAUAUGAAUAUGAAUGGCGGCGCCGGCGCGACCUUUACUUUCCUUCUCUAACCCGAGGUCCGUCCAUAUAACCGUUUCAUAAGAACUGUGUUUCAUUUAUAAUAUUGAUGUAUUACAUGUAUGUGUGCAAUGUGCUUGUGUUAAAAUGAUACCAUCUAUCGCUUUCGACAAUAUAAAUUAAAAUUUCAGCUAUGUUGCGGCUGUAUCUCAGCUGCUACUUCAUUUAUUACAAUGCAAUUAAAUGGCGAACAUAAUAUUUAACCAAUUACAAUGGCACCAAUGGUUAUUUAUACAGUCUAUAUCUUUGCAAUAUUCUUCAUCAGUGUCUGGUGCAGUAUGUGGAUCCUACAUAUCCUAGCUAUUAUCUAUGGGAGAUAUCGUCUGCAUCAAAAACUAUCUCAAAUCCAAGCAGAUGCACUCUUAGGUGUUUCCAUUCUCAAACCACUCAUGGGGGUUGAUCCACAUUUAUCCAGCAACCUGGAAUCAUUCUUUACAAUGAACUACCCAAAGUAUGAGUUAUUAUUUUGCAUAGAAGAUGAGAAUGAUCCAGCCAUAAUGCUAGUCAAAGGUUUGAUGGAUCGAUAUUCGAAGGUUGAUGCAAAGCUAUUUAUAGGUGGAUCCUGUGUUGGAGUAAAUCCCAAAAUAAAUAACAUGCAUCGAGCAUAUGAAGCUGCUAAUAAUGAGUUUAUUUUGAUCUCUGAUAGUGGAAUCCGUAUGAAAGAAGACACUUUGCAAGACAUGAUGAAUUUUAUGACAGAAACAACAGCUUUGGUCCAUCAGAUGCCUUUUACUAGUGAUCGUGAAGGUUUUCCAGCUACUCUAGAAAAGAUCUAUUUCGGCACUGCCCAAUCUCGUAUAUACUUAGUUGCCGAUUUAAUUAGGAUUAAUUGCCAUACGGGCAUGUCCGCUUUAAUGCGAAAGUCUUUGCUCGAUGAGAUAGGUGGUCUUAAGACAUUCGGCUGCUAUUUAGCCGAAGAUUUUUUUAUUGCAAAGUCGUUCACAGACCGUGGCUGGCGUAUAAGAAUCAGCAGCCAGCCGGCAAUGCAGAAUUCAGGCAUUUGCGAGGUGAACAGUUUUCAAGCCCGUUUAACAAGAUGGGCAAAAUUAAGGGUGGCCAUGCUGCCCACGUUCAUUAUCAUAGAGCCGCUAUCCGAGUGCCUGGUGAAUGGAUUUUGCGCCGCCUGGGCAGUCAAUGUACUUCUGAAGUGGGAACCAGUGAGCUUCUUUUUGAUACACGUACUACUUUGGUUCCUGUGUGAUUGGAUCUUAUUGUCUAUUGUCCAGAAUGGUUCACUGCCAUUUAAUAAGUUUGAUUUUGUCGUUGGAUGGCUGUUUCGCGAGUGCUCAGGUCCGUGCUUAUUCCUACAUGCUUUAUUGAAUCCAGCAAUAAAAUGGCGAUCCCGAGUUUUUCGGUUGGCCUGGGGAGGAAUCGCAGAGGAGCUGAAGCCCAAAAAGGAAUCGACUCUAAAGUAUCAGACGUAACUUUGGGAAUCAGCGCAUUUGGAAGUCAACUCAUUAUUGAAAUGAACAAAAAUAUAAGUAGACAACAAAAAGAGUAAACUUUUUCAAUAAUAAUAAUAGGAAACAAAAACCAUUUGUAUGUACAUAUAAAUAUUAAUUGAAAGUGUCUUAAAGGAAGGGCUGAGAGAUCUUAUUUGUAUAUUUUAGACGAACACGUCUUAAUGUCUCCGAUAUUACGAAGCGCCUCAUAUCUGUGGGUUAUUUAUUUACAUUUCACUAUCGUUUGAGGCCUAUGUUCAUUCUUUGCCACAUUAGUAUACAUAUCAGUUUAUGUAAUCUCUCUUUCUCUCUCUCUCUCUCUAUGUAUCUAUUAAUUUGGUAGGAUGAUAAAACAUAGGAAAUACAUUAAUUAAUUAGUUGAAGAAAUAAGCAGAAGGUACUAAAUGCCCUGGGGUUAACGUUAAAUUGAUUUGUUUUGUUUUUGUUUUUAUGAAAAUGGGUCCAAACCUGAUUUAUGAGAAGCUGAGAAAGAAGAAGAAAAUAUGAUAUAUUGAAAGAUCUGAGAAUUUAGUAACUGUUAUGUCGCAGGGCCUAUUCGACAUCAAGCAAUUCUUCUGUUUUACGCAGUUUAAUUUUAAAGACAUAUUUAACCAAUUGAGCUUUUUAUAAUAAUAUACGCAUGUAAAUUAAAAUUGUAUUUUUUUUUAAAUGAAGGCUGCGAUUGUCGCAUUUUUAUCUUCCCGGCGCUCAAUUAACAAGAAACUUUACUUUUAUUUAAAAAUCUAUUAUUUUCUUGACAAGGUUCAGUUAAACUAGUAUCUGCCAAACAAUGUACCACGAGAUAUUCCAAAUGUGCCGUGAAGUUAACAAGUUUGGUAAACACUGGUUUAAGUUAUAUAAAUAUUGUGGAUGUGCUUAUUUAUCUGUUCGUAUGCAUAAUGUUCACGUUUUUAUACUAAACACAAUUAUGUUAUAUAUAACAAAAUUGAAUGAAACACGGUGAGAGACUGAAUUAUCGGAAGUAAAAACUAAUUAAUUAUGAAACAAAAGUUAUAGUUUUGCAUGGU